AUGGCUGACGAGCACGAGACCUUCGAGUCCGCCGACGCUGGCGCGUCGACCACCUUCCCCAUGCAGUGCUCUGCUCUGCGUAAGAACGGUCACGUUGUUAUCAAGAACCGUCCCUGCAAGAUUGUCGAGAUGUCCACCUCCAAGACUGGCAAGCACGGUCACGCCAAGGUCCACUUGGUCGCCCUCGACAUAUUCACUGGCAAGAAGCUCGAAGAUCUGUCCCCCUCCACCCACAACAUGGACGUCCCCAAGGUCAACCGUAAGGAAUACCAGCUUCUCGACAUCACCGACGAUGGUUUCCUCUCUCUCAUGAGGGAUGACGGUGACACCAAGGAUGAUGUCAAGCUCCCUGAAGGUGAGCUUGGUGAGAGAAUCCAGAAGAUGUUCCGUGAGGAGGAGAAGGACCUCAACGUCACCAUCUUGACCUCCAUGGGCGAGGAGUGCUGCAUGGACGUCAAGGAGGCCCCUAAAUAA